AAAGAAAAAAAAUUAAUAGUUUUCCUACAACUUUAAAGUAAAAAAUAUCGUUUACAUUCAGAAUGUAUAUCUUUUCUGGAAUUUUAAUUUCAUUUGUUAUAUCAGUAUCUAAUGCUCAAUAUCAAUACAAGUCCAUAAACCCUCAAAAAUAUUUCAACUAUAAUGUGAAUCCUUACGUAUCGGCUCAAGUCAAAAGAGGAAAUUCUGAUAGAGGAAGUGUUUCCUUGGCAUUCCAGGGAAAUGUUCACAAAAAAGAUAAUUUCAAAGUAUCCGUUAAAUAUGUUAAUGAUAAAGGAACUACAAUAUCUCAUGUAGUGAAAGUUACCAAUUUAUGCGAUCAGUUGGACAUAGAACUGCAAGGUGAUCAGUCUCUAAAGUUAGGAGAUAUCCUAGGACUCUCUGGGAUACGGUGUCCUAUUUUAGUUAGUGAUGUUAAUGAGCAAUUCGAGGGUAAACCGAUGAAAUGGUACUCUCAACAUAACUUACCAGAAAAAAUUGAAUGUGGAGUCCAUAGCUAUCAUGCGACUCUUUAUAAAUGUGAUAGUUUUGGUGAUAAUUGCGAAAUAUUAUUAGAAACGGGAGUAAAAUCUCUUCUCACAUCUGAACAUUGUGACGAAGAAGAAGAAGAAAAAAAUGAAGACAAUGAAUUAAAUGUACGACCAUCUCUUCCUAUUGAUCUUAGUUCAGACAUUAAAGUAUCACAACUAUCAAAAACUAGAUUAUCAAACGCUAAUGCUGAAAAUGUUAACGUCAUUGACAAUUAUCCAAAUGGUGAAACAGUCGGUACGAUAAAUACAGCUGAUUUGACUGAUCAACAAGUUGAUAAAGUUGAUUUAGUUAAUAAGAAAACUGGACAAAAGUAUGAUAUUCUCAAUUCUCAAGUAAACAACGUACGUGUAGUUAAUACAAAAGUAACAAAUUAUAAUCAAAAUGAUUUGAAUCAUAAUUCUAGCGACGAUGAUGAUGAUGAUGACGAUGACGAUGAUGAUUAUAAUGAUGAUGAUGCUUAUAAUGAUGAUGAUGAUGAUGAUAGUGGUGAUGAUGAUGACGAAUACGAUAAUAGAAUUCAUAAUUCUGGACCACCACAAACUAGGGUAACUCAAGUGAGGACAAAAGGAAGUAGCGUGACCCACUUAAAAAAAAUAGAAGACCAAGUCGGAGAUUCAGAAAUUCUUGAUUCUCAAGAAGAAAGGGACCAGACGGUCAAUUCUGAAUCAGACAAUGUCGCAAUCGAAACCUAUAAUGGGAGUCAAAGUAAAAAGUUUAGUAGCAGUUUAGGAAGAAUUAUAAUGGGAAAUAAAAUUAUGUCGAAUACUGUGCUACAUAGUUCGUAGACAUCAGAAAAUAAAUAAAUCUUUUUCAUACAAUUAAUUGUAAAAAAUAGACGGCUAAUAUUGACUAAAGCGAAAUAAAGUCUUCAAAGUGAAAAAGUAA